GAAGGGGUAGUAAAAGUGAAGAACAACUAGUCUAGUAGAUGAAACUGCCACUAUUAGUCAGAGGGAAUGGGAAAAUGGACGUAGUAGUCUAGUACUAGCAAAUGCAGCAUCAGGAAAACAUGUCCAAGAUGUUUUCGACCGAAAUGACCUCCUGCUUGCAUCAAUCCCUGCUAUUUGGAUUAUCGAGGUUCUUAUUCGCUAAAAAAAGACUCAUGAUUCUCGUCUAUAAAAUGGGCUUUUGGAGAACGACCUUCUUCGGAAUUUUUUAUCUCUCUAGGUUAAGGCAACCUUCACACAUGACUUGUCCUUCUAUAAAAGGAUGCUGAUAGCAUCCUCCCAUGACUUGUCCACAAAAGGCACAACUCGCAUCCUCCGCUGCAACUCGCAUCCUUCGCUGCAACAUCUUUGCUGCUAUUUUGUUAGUGGUUGGGGAGUAUGGGGGCCGCGGCAAAGAUGAUGCAGCGAAGGACGGCGCGACAUCGUUAGCUCUAAGCAUGGCAGAUGAGCGGCGUCUUCAAGUAGAUCAUGAUGAAGAUUAAGGCUUCAGGAAAUCCAUCCUCAGAAGCAUCUUGAGGCCUUCAUCCUCUAAGGAGCGACUGCGGGCAGCAGGAUGACUUUCAAGAUGGACUCCGGAAGGCUCUAAGAAGACGGGGAUCCGCUUGAAAAGGGUGCUCUCCUGCGGCGACAAAGUAUGUUAAGGCAACCGAGAGCAUCUCAUCAUAGGAUUUACGAUUAGUACUGACUCUAGUACACAAAGAAGGACAAGGAGAUGCGAACGCGGUACAACUAGGGCUCUAAGUAUGCGAAGAAUAAAUGACUCUACUGCAGCAGCUUCUACUACUUUUAAGGCUUCACCUAAUCCAUCCCCAGAAGCAUCUCGAAGCUGUCCCACGAGGGGAAGAGUGGCCCGAGAUGGAUCUCAGGAUGGAUUAGGGUGAGCUCUACUGCUUCUGCAGCUUUCGUUGUCGUGGACCAUGACGACGCAGUCGUAGAGAGUAGAGACGACGACCGAUGGGAAGAGAAAACUAAGGCUUGCUGUAAUUCAUCUUCAGAGGCAUCUUUGGCCCCUUUUUUAAGGGGAAAACGCGUAAAAGAUGACUUUCAAGAUGAAUACCUGCAAGGUCUAAGAAAAGGGGGGAAGUGCCUAUUGUAAAUGGGUCUUCUGUUGUUCCAGCGCUUGGCCCUCUUGAGCACCACGACCAUUAAGGCUAGUUUUUCACUAAAACAUGCAUGCACUAAAUUCCGCGCUAUGCAAACUAUGGUGAGUCAUGGAGUCAAGUCCUCCUUGUUAUCAUGAUUUAAAGGGGAAAUAACUGUAAGUGUAAGGUGGAUAUAAAUAUUUAUAUUUAUUAAAGGGGGAGGGAAGACACACGUACACACACACACACAGCACUCCACCAGGUAGCUGGUAGGGAAAGCCUAGUAGAACUACCUCUAAGGCCAGGUAGUUGGAGGGCUGCAAGAACGAAGUAGGUCGUCCUAUGUCGAUGCGACUGUGGAGCCAGAAGCAAGUACACAGUGGUGUCAGGAGGAGUACCAUCGCAUCGUCGACGGAUUGGUAAAAGAUGUUGCAGGGGAGCAUGUUCGUCCACAGAUGAUGGACGGGUUCGGCUUGCAAAAUUAAGGUUUGUAAGUAUCUAUCUACAAAGAUGUUGAUCUACUUAUGAAUUUAUUGAAAUACUUCCUACUUAAACGACAAUUACUGUAUAGGCUAGUCUCUCCAAUCAAUGUAGAGGAACUCUCUUGUCUCGCCAGUGGCAGAGAAUGCUCACCAGAGAUGCGGAGGCCAUGGUGAUGAAGCUCCAGAAAAAUACGAUUUAAUUACAUCCUGUGAGAGUAUGUUGUUUCUCACUCAGAGUAGCUAGCAAGCUCACAGAAGAUCUGUAAGUACUAAGUACGAAGAUCUAGAAAAAUACCGCGAUUUUCUAUGUCAGAGUAGAAAGAAGGAUUUUGGAUUCUGAGUAUGUAUGAUCUCCAAAGAAGAAGAUGAUGAGUCAAGAAUUAAGUACUCUCCCGAAGAUUCUGAGCAUACAUGAUCCCUCAUAGCCUAGGUCGUUUAUCCCACCAAGCAACACUCAAUAUGAUUUGAGAAGAAAAAGCAGCUCGAACAAUAGGCUAGGACUUGCUACCGUUACUCCUGGAACUUCAUACAAAAGCUUCUCAUAGAGCACCGCUAACAAGAGGUCGGAGACUACAACUACAAAGCAACACCUGCGCGAUGUAAGGAGAUUUGCAACGCGUACUUGAAUUGUCACGGGUUUAGGUACAUGCGGGCAGAUCAUUUAAGGCUCCUAGAACUGCAUACUCUUUCUAAUACAAUAGUUCUUUCAUCAUGAUUUACUACUCCAAUUAAUUAUACAAUACUACUCCAAGAACUAAUAAUAUUACCGCUCCCUUCAAGGCUCCUAGUACUGAGGAGUGGAGGUCACUCGUAACAAGGGUAAGUCUUUCUCAAGCCAAGGGGUGCCACGACGCAGUGUUUGGGUUAAUAUUUUUCCUGGGUUAUUCCUCUUAGAGGUGAGCGCAUUAUUUGUUGGAGGUCCGCUGAGGUGUGAUGAAGAUAAUAGAGUUCAUUUUUAUUAGGAAUCACGAUGAAGGGCAAGGGCAGCAAUUAGUUAUUCACUGAACAAGAAAAAAUAUAAAGUGAAGAGGAUAAUUAUUUUUUUGUUUGAUUGGCGAAUGGAUCAACUGGGUGCGGAACGCGGGGGCGCACUCGAGUGGUAUGUCAGUGUAGAAGUGUCAGUGAAAUUGUUGAUGUUCUACGCUUCGCUAAAUAACGAUGGAACUCCGAACACGUGUGUGCCUUUCGGUCCGGCAAUGGGCAAGAACUAUUUUGAAGUGGCUAUAAACACGUUCAUGAAGCAGGACGCUUACAUUACGGCUACUGCUUCAUCUUAAACUAAUUCUAGUAGAUGAGUACGAAUUGUUCACGUAUUCCCUUUGGUAAGAGAAUCCACCUACAGAGGAUUUAGGGUGAAACCGCUUGAUUAUGGUAAGGGCUUAGUUCAGAUACUAUGUCAGUGUAGAAGCGUUACUGGAGGACUAGGUGUUGGUUCGUUUGGGGUGAAACUGCUUGAUUAAAUUUAGUUCGGAUACUAUGUGAGUGUAGAAGUGUUACUGGAGGUCUGCCUAUGACAACCUUCCGAUGUAUCGUUCUUCAGAUAGGAGCAGACUUUUCGGCCGUACGCGCGGUCUUAUGCUUGCCAGGGUGGUUGUUUAAUUGAGUAACAUACUAGUUGUACCGGGAGGGAGGAGCAUAUAGUCCUAGUAUGGGAAGAAAAUGCAACGAACUUGCGGGGAGAUGGGUUCCCUGUGUAAGAUUUGUUUCAGACUUGACCAGGGAGGGCAAGACAUGACUGAAGCACAUGUCCACUCAUUCACGGACAACCUGGCGUGGGCCUCAGCAUGGUAGAUCGCGAGCGAGGGCGGAUAGUCUGGGCAUGUGCCCGCGUGACGUAGUCCGGCAAUCAGCUCGGAGCGGGGUCCUCUUACUCAACUGAACUGCGAGGGCCCGCCCUUCAUUAGCCCGACACGGCGCAAGCAAACGCAAAGCGGGCAGAGGCCAUAGACAGCCGCAGAGAGAUUGCGCCUGGGGUACUUCGUGACUGGACACAGGGGGCGCCACCUGGAAAAAUUCGCAAGGCCUCAGGGCCAGGGGCUGGCUGCGUGGUGCUCGGGCGGAUCCCCUCCGCACCCGAAGCGCCAGCAGGUCGGGGCCAGGCGACCGCCCUCCCCGGAUCGGGGCGGUUCCUCUCUCUCCGGCGGCGCCGCUCGUUAGUCGGCCGCAUACAGUUGACUGGCAACCCGGCGCGACCCUUGGGCCUUUUUUGUCUGUAUUGAUGCGCCCAGCUGCCAAAGCGUAUGAUUUUAAUUAUGUUGGCGCAAGUAGUAACUCAAGGAAGGAGAAGAUGGGUGCGCCCUCUAAUUAUAUCAAAAAGCAUAAAUACAGCAGCGCCUACAACGCCAGAAAGUGCGCAAGAGGUUUAGGCUUCAGUUGGAUGAUCACGCAUGCGACCUCUGCGUUUUCGUCGAAAAUUAAGGCUAGUACAAUGUCACCAUAUAUCAAUGUCUAUCCCUCGUUGUUUCGGAUACAUAUUCAUAUUCUUACCUAGCUUAAUACAAACAAAAAAACAACACAUGUUCUCAGCUUAGUACAAACAUAAGCUAUACAUAAGGACGGCGAAAGCCGAAGCAUUCUAUCCUAUCGCCCUAUCCUAUUCUAUACAUGCCCAGAAAGCGGGCCCAUCAGGGGCCCGCUGCCCUGGGCAUAGGUUAGCAACUAGACAGAUAAGACUACGACGCAAGCCCCUAAGCCACCAAACUUCUAGCGACGCGCGGCGGGUUCAGGAUGGAAUACCGUGGACGCCCCUCAUGGCUAAGGCAGCGGGCUGGCUGUCGCUGUCUAGUCUUGUGGCUAAAGUAGCAAGCUGGCCGUGGCUGAGCUAGCGAGCUGGAGUGGCCAGGGCCAAGCUAGCAGGCUAGGCACGGAGGGGCUAGCAAGCUGGCCAAAAUUAGGCUAAGAGGCUGGCCCUGGUUGCCGGGCUAAGCUAGCAGGGUGGCCAUGGCCGAUCUGGCUAGCAAGCUGGCCAUGGCUAAGAAAGCAGCUGCUGGGCUAGGUCUCGCAAAGGAAGCAGCUACCAGGCUAGCUAUGGGUAAGCAGCUGGUCGCAAGCUAGCUAUGGCCAAGCAGCUAGCAAGCUAGCUAUCGUGGCCAAGAAGCUAGCUUGCUAGCCAAAUAGGGCCGGGCAGCUACCUAGUAAGCCCUCUAGUUAUGGCGCAGCAGCUAGCAAGCUAGCUAUGCCUAAGCAGCCAGCAAGCUAGCGAUGCCUCAGCAGCCAGCAAGCUAGCUAUGGCUAAGCAGCUAGCUAUAUAGUGAUGGCCAGGCAGCUACCUUGCUAGCUAGCUAUGGCUAAGCAGCUAGCAGGCUAGUUAUGGCUGAGCUGCUAGCAGGCUAGCUAUGGCUAACCUAGCCAGGUAGCUACGGGUAAGGGGUAGGCAGGCCAGCUAGCUAGGGCUAAGCAGCUAGCACGCUGGCCUUGGCUAAGCUAGUAAGCUAAGGCCCUUACGAGGUGGCGCUGGCCCUUAAAGGAGGGCUUAUCAUUCCCCUAAGUUUAUAGCAACUUUUCCUUAUUAAGGAGCCUCCUCAAGGGGCAUCCUUGUCCUUUAAGGAAAAGCUAUAGUAACUUUUUGCAAUAGAAGCGCUUUAAGGAAAUCAAUUUCCUUAAGGAAGACUCUUACUUAGGGACUUGAGAAGAGUUGCUUAUCUUAUAAUAUAAGUACUAAUAUAGUGCUGCUCUAUCUAUCACAAGAAGCUAGCGCGUCAUCCUUGCGACGCUGUCAAGUUCAUUAAGUGCGGCCGCGUCUUCUCGUAUAAGUCAUUCGAGCUGGCCACUUUUAGAACAACUGACCCGGAAAGUCGUAACUUUGUCCGAAAGGAACGGAGGAGCCAGCCGCAACAAGUCUGUGGAGAGUGAUGAGUGUACAGAUCAACGCCUAAAAAAACCACCAAGCCAGCUGCGCAGUUGGCUUAGAGAAACACUUGUAGCGCAGUUCUAUUGCAAAAGCCUCGAAAAAAAAACGCAUCGGGCCGCUGUGUUUGUGGAGUAUCAUAGCCAGUUCCAGCUGGCUUGGAACUAGCUAGCCACAGCCAGCUAAAUUAGCAGCAGUUAGCCAUGUCUAGCCAGCUAGCUUGGGACUAGCUAGCCACAGCCAGCUAAAUUAGCAGCAGUCAGCCAGAUAUGGCCAGCGAGCUUAGCACUAGCUUGCUGCAGGCAGGUACGCUACUCCCGUAGGUAGCUGACUAAGCUACCCGCAUCAUGGUGGCGUUACUUAGCGUGGCGGCUGCACGGCCAAAGCCAGCGACUUCGCUGGCCAUGCAUAGCAUCCAUGGUCAGCUGGCAAGCCUGUUGGACAGUUCCGGCGGGCCUUGCUAAAGCCGACUAGCUUUGAAACCAGAUAGCCAGCCAGCUCCCUUAGCAAUAGCCAGCUACCAGCUCUGUUACCUUUUUGGCCUAGCCAUAGAUUAGGGGCCAGCGUAUUCAUAGCCGUCACCCAGUUUAUUCGCCAGCCCCCUGGUGCUAUGCCGGACCUAGUGCGGCGCUCUCUGCACCGCAAAGUCUAGGCCCCCCAGCGCCCUCACUUUGCGCCGGUGCUGCGGUCAGGUAUAGGCCCUAAUGAUAUUUAUUUUAAUAUAAGAAAAUAGAAAAAAGUACUAAUAUUUAUUAGGCAUUUCUUUCCACUGUACACUAAUAGGGGCGUGGCUAUUUAAUCUGGUGUGACUAUCAAUCCUUGACUGGAUCCCUCCGGCCCCUUAGAAGCUAACUGUGGAACUGAUUCUAAGGGUGGGCCCAGGAAUCAUCGAAGGGAGUAAUUUAUUCAGCCACCAGAGAUAGAAGCUGUGGCUGACUUGAUGGCGAGGGAAUCCAUCACUCAACCGAUAGCUACAGAUUGAUAACUACAGACUAGUAAAGAGUGUUCGGUGCAAGCAGGCUAACCGGGAGGCGAGAGAGGUAGUUGUAAUUGACGUGGGGAGGCAAUCCUCCAUCACUGAGCAAGCCCUACUCUAGCGAAAACAAAUUGAUAGUGAAGAGUGGCCGUGCAAUGAGGCGACGAUGAUGAUCAUAAUGAUGAUGCUGGUGAUGCAGUCGAUGAACCUCGACCAGCAAAGAUAAUAGUUGUGAGCCGUGUCUCCAGUCUUCUCUAAGAAAAGCGAUGCAGUUGCCACUGCGUUUGAAAGCUGUGACCGCUACCCGCAUAGGUGUUUCUGCUUUACCGUGGAACAACAUGCAACGGAAACGACGAAGUGGGGCUUUUGGAUGAGUCAUUCGGUGCAAAAUCCACCUGUUGUUAAGGCCAAGUUAGUAUCUGAAUUCUAUAUCUAAAUUUUUGUUUUGAUGAGUCCUCCAUCUUUGUGAUUGGAGGUUUUUGAUAAGAGGCACACUUUUUCAUAGACGAUGCAGGGGCAUCUUUGUUAAGAGGCACACUGACUUGAUAAGUGUCUAGUACUCUACUGUAGAUCUUGUCACAUCGAUUCGUCCUGCGUUUAGGUCCCACAUGCCUAUUAGGGGCGUACAGAAUUGAAUAGGGGCAGUGGUAAAAUCCAUCAGGCUAACUGACCAGGAAAAGUUGCUCAAAUACAUCUUAUCCCUUUAAAAACAAUAAACCAAUCGCUAUGGCGUUAGACUUCAUGAAUUGAAAGUGGUGUUUAACAAGGUACAGUUUGCAGUUAUAGUCGGGUCAUGGCUACCACUACCUCUACCACAUCAUAUAUUGUAAGGCUGUAGUAGUACUAUCUGCUUAUAUUAUAUAUAAUAUAAGAGAUUUCCUCAUCCUCUUCGGAGGGAUUAGGUGAAAGAGUUAGUCGAAGUCUGGUAGCACAGGGAUGAACUAGCAUCUUCUUGCACCGGUAGAGGUAUAUUUAUAUGUUCCAGGGUCCAGGGUCACGGCCCCCCCCCGGACGGCGGGGGGGUCGGGAGCCCUGGACCCCUUUUGGCCUGGUCUCAGGGGGGGCGGUGGAAGGCCUCAAAAGGGGGCCAAGGGUGGUCCGGUGGCCCCCCUCCGCUCCUUUCCGGAUGCCUGCAUGUGCCCGAAAGGCUUUCGACGUGCUGGCCCCUGCUCUCCGCGGCAGUGUGCCGGGGGGGAGGCCCUGAAGGCGGCAAAGGGGGCAAGGCUUACCCUCUUAGCUGUGUGGCUUGUGCCCGACAUAACCCCGCCGGGCCGCAACCAUCCCCACUUGCCCCGACUCUCCCGGCCCUUGGUCUUCAGCCUACUGGGCCUCGCCCUGUCGCGCAUUUGAUGAGGGCAACCCAGCAAAAGGGGCCAGGCCUCGAGACCGUGGCCGCCUUCGGCGGACUUCUAUCCCGGCGGCCUCCUCCCUGCUAGGGUCGGCAGAGGGCGGGACGCAUGUAGGGUACAUGCAGGGAGGCGCAAGGGGAAUCCGGCUCCCAUUUUUGACGCCUUCGACCGCGAGAACCCGCCAAAAACAGAGCGGGAAAGCGUGCGCAAGCGCCACCACCGGGCCAUCCACAGGGGCUGAGGGGGGGGCGGGCGUCCCUGUAUCAUAUAUAAUUCUAUAGUAGUUGCACUUUAUAGAUUAGACUUAGAGAGCAGCCAGCAUGUCAAACCUGAUGAUAUUUUCCACGACAGGCAUAAAUCUAAUUGGACCAUCAGGUUGCCAUGUGCCAUUACAUUGAACUAAAGUGGCCCGCACUUGUGUCCCCUCGCACAAGGCAACACCCCCCGAACAGGUAAAUGAAUGAAUGAACGAGGAGGUAGCGCUACUUGCUAAUACGGAACCGCCGUUGUACACAGCACCGUCAUCGACUGUUUCUUACAAGCGAAAGGAAGACUGGCUCUGUCCGCGAGCCACCGUAACGACGCUAGGAAGCGCCGGACGGUUGCCAUUGAAGAAGUGCACUUAUUAAGGCUUAGGGCUGGCUCAGGGCUUAGGGUUUUCUACAGUAUAGGGCUUAGCUUUUCUACAAGUGAGAGGUAGUACACGAAUCAAGAAUCAAGUGUAAGUACACGACACAGACAUGUUAUACAUAAACUUAAUAAUGUGGUACUAUGUAGUAGUGAAUGUUGGGUCCGUACAUCAAUCAAUCGAGUCUACCUUUCUCAGCAUCUCUUCGGUGCCCUUUUUUCUGAUGGAAGAAUACAAGGGGAAGAUGAAGGGGCUGCGGCUGAUACAUGAAUUAGACGUCGCCGGCUCUUCUAAUUAUGCAAGAAAUACAUUGGUUACCAGUGUAACAAUGUGCAAGGGAUUACGCGUCUGGGCCAUCCGAUGUUCAAGAACCUCCAACCCCAUGGGUCAAACCCCGCGUUUUACGGACCAACAACCGUGGCGCGAUGCAAAGACGUGUGUGACUCGACUCCGAGGUGCCAGUGCUUCAGAUACUUCAAAAGCGGCCAUUUUUAUCAAGAUGACUGCUAUUUUGUUAAGGCUAUUUGUUUUUCACAAGCGGCUCCUGUGCGUUGCCGAGGGAGGUGCCACUGAUUUGCAGUUUAGUGGAAAGGGGAAACCAGAUGAGCGAAAGAACGCAACUCAAACAACCAGGAACCACAGCGAAAAACUAGCACUAAUUUUGGCUACGUCAGGAGCGAAUGGGAUACCAAUUACGCGAACGGGGAUCCGGAGCCCCAUCACGUGGGCGGCGUACAGUCUGAAUUUUACGUCUACACUACUCAUCAUAGGUAGAUGCUGUGAGCCACUGUCUGGUUGUCAUGGAUUGAUCUUGUUGUAGGUCUUGGCUGAUCUUGUUGUAGGUCUUGGCUGAUGUUGUAGGUCUUGGCUGGUGUCGUAGGUCUUGGCUGAUGUUGUAGGUCUAGGUUGAUGUUGUAGGUCUUGGCUGAUGUCCAAAAUCCUGCAGAUGUUGUAGAUCUAGGAGUUGCUCGUUAUCUACUUCGUGUCCAGCUCCACUUUUUGGGUCUUCAAAGCUUAUAGGCUGCUCGUUAUCUGCUUGCUCGUUAUUAUCUGCUUCACAGCUUCAACCCUUCCGUUCUAAGAAGUGUACAUGAAGAGGCCGAACAGCAUACCUUCGCUUGCGGACGCUAUCUUUAAGAAGGUUUGUGUGAACAAAGAAAGCUUUUCUUUAACGAAGGCACAAGUCGUCUGAAGCAGGGUUACCCGAGGGUACUAGGGCACAUGAGGACGCGAUAAGAAGUUGCAUCACGUGACGCGACAAGUGUUCAGCCCACGCGACGAGUACAUCCUCUUACACCAGCGGUUUUUUGGCCUCUUUUUGAAGGCUUCAAAAAGAAACCUCUUCCUUCUAGAGCCUGGAUGUGACUCUCUUAUUUAACGAUGUCCCAGAGACUGGAGAGCUAAGUCCACCCCUAGAGACUGGGUCUAAUACUUGCUCUGAUCGUGGUGACUGCGCCCUCUACACCUGUCCGAGUGGUUGGAAAAAUUAAGUCCACUAUUCUAGCUGUUUCAAAAUACAGUACGUAGCUAGCUGAAAAUACAAAUAAUACUCAGUGUUUCAAAAUACUCAACUAGCUAGAAAUACAAAUAAUACUCAGUACUAGUACAGUAUAAACGUCCCAUGGUGGCAUACGCUGGGAGUUCUUGAGUGGAUGAGAUGAACACUAUCGUCCCAUAAGCUGGGAAUUCUUAAGUGGACGAAGGGCAAUCAUGUCGUCCACUACGCUGAGUGAGAGAACAACUUGGAGUCUACUCGUCCCCUAUAAUUUGGCUUUCAACCACUUGCGCCUUUCCUCGUUUCCUCCAGUUUUUUCAGUCCAUUCACAUUGCAUACUCUUUCAUAGUGCUAAACAUCUACAAAUUACACUAUAAUCUCGCUGUUCCUUUUGCUUUCAGCUUGAAGGUGGAACUACUACUCAUGUAGUACAUUGCUACAACUACCUUUCAGAUAAGUCCUAAUAAGUGAAGUCAUAACUACAAGUCAUAAAGUCCUAAGCUUUAAGAUAAGUUGGCGGAAUCGAAUCGACCGGGACGAUGCGCGGACACUACUUGCGAGCGCACCGAAUGUUGUGAGUUAACUUAAGAUCUAAACGGAAUUGUAUAGCGGAUCGAUAGAAGACCUAUUGCGAGUCCUGUGUGGCUGCGAAGCGUAGUUGUCCGCGUGUCCUGCUACCUAUAUCAUAUCUAUCUGUAUCUCAUGUGGACUGAUAAUGUUGAUGACCUAUUCUAUCUGACUGAAAGAAGAAUAACCGGUUAAUUUUCCUCCGACUUUUCCCUACUGUCAAUGCGUAUUCUAUCUGACGUGACUAUCUCAUGAACUGAAUCAGUCACUAUCUCACUGCCAAGCCCAUGUGGAUGACACUUCCUUCCGUGUUACUUCCGUUCUUGCUCCUCGAGUACAACACCUACUAUCGAGAACUAUCUUCACGUGUUACUUCCUAUCUUGUUACUCGUCGAGUAAGUGCAGCGCCUACUAUUUUUUGCUGCACUCAAUGAGCUACACUCUAACUCGAUCUUAGAUACCUUCCUUUGUCUUGUUCAGACUUGUCUUCAGAGUCACACAGUCGUGUGAAAGUUCCAGUUGUUUUUACAGCAGCAUUUUAAGACUGGUCGUUGACCGGAUAUUGUUUAGAAGUCUCCGUAGUUCUAAAUCGAGUGUGGAGAAUACUCUUGCCCAGAUGGCUGGAUAAAUGAGAAGAAUAUGCAUACUCGAGUUUGCCCGAACAACCAUUGCACAGUCGGAUACUGCUGCGAAAAGAGUUGCAAGAAGCACAUAAUCUUGGACGGAAAUUCGUGCAAUAGUGGAUGGGUCGCCAAGUCGAAGCUUGGCACAAGAGUUGAGGCUACUUACAACGAGAAAUGAGUGUCCCACUACUUCUCUCACAUCAUCUUCUUAGUCCCGUUCAGAAGCAUUGCAAAUGUGGCCCCACACCCACUUCCGACCUUCCCAUCUCCUUCUCGGUCUCGUUUUUUAGGUACUCACUCCGCUUCCCUUUGUUUUAAAGGGAGAAUAAUAACGGCUCCCGUCUACGCUUUGAAGGGAAAAUUCGAAUUAUUUUUAUAGGGAGGACUCAAGAUGCUGGACCCUUAGACAAGAUGGAUUUCUCUUACGGAGUUUAUACAAAUUACUACUGGGGUGGAACAACGAACUUUGAUAAUGAUUAGUUCUCUAAGGUAGGUUGCGGCAACGACGACAACUGCAGUAACACUGAAUGCUGCCAGAAAACCUGCCAAACUUUCAGCUGUCCCAACAACUGGGUGAAGCUGUCGGGUGCCAACUCGAUCAUUUGCGCGUCAAACACAUGCAACAAGGAAACCUGUUAUGAUGAAUAUGGUAAAAGUGUAUGUAGUACGUAGACAGGAGAGCGAGAGCAGGCACUUGAUCUUCUACUUAAGUAGCCGAAAAGUGAAAAUAUACGAGCAACUUCGAGUUCGAGAAUAUGGCUGAAUCAAGAGCCCUGUUAAUUAUCUUUACUCGGGCAUUUCAGUUUUUCGGGUAGUAGGACGAGGAUGAUUCCCAAGAACUAGGAAAAAUCCUCAACAAGAAACAAGAAGAAUUAGGGACUUUCUUCACCUAAGUUACUACUUUUUGAGUAAGUACUACUUAGGUCGUUACUAAAUAAUCAGGCCUCUUUUCACAAAAGAGGCUGUCAUUCUCUGUACUUGAAGCGUGCCUAUCUAUGUGUUUGUUUCUUGAGUAACUAAAACUAUGUCUAUGAGUACAUUUUUUUCUUUCAUACCUUUUGUGAGAGAACGUGCGCAACGUACACCACAGCGUGUCCGAAUAACUGGGAUACUCUGGCGCAAAGUACAAGGUGUGGUAGUUCUGCUGCUUGUGUAAUAAGGAUGAUGUACUUUCUCCCAUUUUUUAAGCAGACCAUCUACUAGGCUACCCUUUUGUUCCCCUUAAAACUGCAUAGCAGCUGAACGGGGGCCUCGAUGAAUGCUCACCAGCCUCUCCGUAGGCGAGCGAAUUCCUAUCCUAUCCUCGAUGGUCUGCCUCUUCUGUAGAAGGGAGAAAAGGCGCCUUUCUUCAUAUGAAAGAGCUGAUUGCUGCGCGAAAACCUGUGCGGCGCACAAUAACGCUUGGUGUGGCCCCUCAAAAAAGAUCUAUACUCCCAAUGCCCGGUGCCCUGGUGACUCCUGCACUUAUGUUGUACAAAGUUGAAUUCGUGUUCUAAGUUUGCAAUCAUCUAUGGUGUGAAUCUAUUUGGCAAGUUGCCUAAUAUUUUUUUAACUGACAGUUGACCACUUAAAAAUCCUAAAGAUAUUAUGAAUUAGUGUUAGGUCGUGUACAUUUAGAACAUAGGUAGGAAGGCUUCACCACUGUUAUUGGUGUUGUUGACCAUAAAGAUAUUGGUUAGAGUACCGCAUUAAGACUAACUUUUUUUAUAUGCUGCAUUACUUAAUGCUGUGGAGAACUGAGCACCCACCGGAGGCGUUGCAUAGGGCUCCGCCCUGCCUUUGAAGGUGAGACCUAUGGGGCUGACGGGACUGCGAAAGCGUCGGCGCCUAGUUAGUUUUUUUAGAACUUACUUCUUGAUAGAUGGCCUUUGCUUUUUUUCUAUCUUUUCUUGGUUUUUGUUUUUUUCUAGUUCGGUCUGCUCCACCACACAUGUAUGCUGUAUUACUUAAUGUUCAUGUUAAUGGUUGACCUGGAUACUGUCAGGAGGUUGCGUUUCUGUUAAGUUGGUUAGACUAGGCUGUACAGGGACAAAGAAGUGUUUGUUGGUUAGACUAGGCGGAAUGGACCCAAGUCGUUUAAUUCUCGUGCUGCGUACUUAGGACUUCAAGAACUACAGGAUUGCUAAUGUUUUUAUAGAUACAUAUGUCGGUCUUCUACAACUGUCGCGCCUCUAAUUCAUGGUGGCUCAGUGCUGCAAAGCUGCCUGUGGCACUAGCGACAACGCAUGUUCAGACCCGUGGAGGGAAAAGGCAGGCAAUGGAAACACGUUUUGUGACCAGAAUCCCUUAUGCUGGAUGAUAUUUUUUUUCAUUCUCCUAUUCAACUUUAACAGACCAUCUACUUCUAGGCUUCUAGUACCCUUUUAUUCUCCUUAUUAAGACAAUUGUAUAGCUGAAGGGGGGCCUCGACAUCAUCUAGAAAGGAGAAAAAACUAACGCCAUUCAUAUCCAUGCCCCACCGCGACGUGCUGUGAGAAGACUUGCAAAAAUUUCAACUGCAAUGAUGCGACAUUCACAAGAGAAUCGAACCACGCUACGCGUGUGUGUUCCGGCAACAACUGCAACAAGGCUUUUUGUUAAGGCUCAGUCCUCUCACUUAAGUUCUGCCGCUCCGGGGGGUCACUUUUUCUGACAUCCAACUCCAAGAGAACGAUAGAUUCCGUGCGAGAAUAACCUCAAAGGGAAAUGACCUAAUGGAAAUAAUUUAUCGCUCUGAUUUUAUAGCUCUAAUUUUGCUGCCAGAAAAAUUGCAAGAACUACAACUGUCCAUCCCCGACUCAUAUGCCGAAGGUGGCCGUGGCGAAUCUCGCAACUGUUGGAUGCGGCAGUGACGACCGGUGUAACAACGCCGAAUGUUGCGCAUUUUAUGGCUAGAAGAACUAGUACUAUAUAAAUAUAAUAUUACAUUUACAGCAGGUGCAGUUGUUUAGUUGUUUUUUUAUGAUAUGAAAAUCCAAGAGCGUCCAUCUGAUGUGGAAUCGGCGAAAAAGUAGUAACCAAUGCAGUUUCUGUUUUUUUUCAUGAGUAGUUGGAAGCCGUUUGAACCUAUUUUUAAGUGCCGUUGUUCUUAGAGGAUGGUCGAUAAGGAGGUGUCGACUAGUUUUUCUAGACUGCUUGUUCUGGACUACAACUUGUUCUAAACUACUUUUUUCUCGACAGACUUAUUUAAUCCCUUCAAACAAUACUUAUUCCUUCUAAGGCAAACAUUGUGGAAGUUUCAACUGUGGCGCACACGAUUGGGAGCACAAGAGUGUUAAGAACACGCGUCGCUGUGCCGCUGCUGGAUGCACCAAGACUUACUGUACGGCUCAGGCUUCAUUGCUCAUCUUCACUUAGAUUGGUACAAAAAAAAAACAUUGAAGAGGAGACCCCCUGAGAGAACCAACAGGGGAAUUUUUCUUUAAGCUAAGGGAAAUAUUAUUAAGGUAGGGUGAAAGCGGUGUAGGCGGGGGUGUUGCCCCUUUAGAAUCAGUGAGCAAUGACUGCUGACCUUUAAUCACUGCUGCCAAACGACAACGUCAACUUCCACGACGACCACUAAAACCACAACUACCACAAUUAAGGCCCUAGUUUGCGGAGUAGAGUUCCCAUUAGCUGAAAUCCUAAAAUGUGGACUAUGCUGAUCCCUAGUGGACGUGAGGUCCCCCUCAAUAGAUUAAAGUUUAGAGGCUGGACUGUGGCUGUGCUGAGUGGAUGUGGGGUGCCCCUUAAUAUACUUAUUUUGAAGGAUUCUUUUCAUCUCGUGUAAGAUAAGAUUUUUGACUAUCUAAGGUUCACGAGAUUACUUCGAAGGGGAAAAUAAGGGAAGAACUCACUUAUAUAGAAGCCACAAAGAAAAGUGCAUAAAAAAGGUUAGAAAGUAAAAAGCCAACUGCAACAAUUAAGUCCUGCGAACGACCUCUUGCUAGGUAAAUGAAUGAAUGAAUGAAGGGAUAGUGAAAAACUACUUCAUCUAAGAUAAGCUCGACGACAAUCACAUCCACCUCAACGACAAUCACAAGCACAACAACAAGUUCAACAACUAGCAGUU